AUGGCAAGCAACAACGAUUCCCCAAUGUCCGGUCUCCUCCUUCUUCCGAGCCCUACCAUGGAGCGAGCUACUUCAUCAACCGGAAGGCUUAAUUCUCGCUCAAAAGAAGUUUUCUUAAACACGCCUUCGCCGCUGCGUAAAAUGGCUAGUCAGUUAUCAUCAAGCUUUCGUAGUUUUCGGUCCAGCAGCGGAAAUGAGAACCACCAGCACCAUCAUCAUCACCAUCAUCAUAGAGGAUGUCUUAAUGGUAGUGGCAGGGACAGAUGGAAAAGUAGAACUGAGUUUAUAUUGAUGCUGAUUGGUUAUACGGUUGGUCUUGGUAAUGUGUGGAGGUUUCCUUACUUGUGUCAUAAAAACGGCGGAGGUAAGAUAACAAUGAUUUACUGGUACCAAAAAAUAACCAACUAAAGGUUCAUAGUCACCUAUAGUUUUCACUCAAAUGGCUUUCAACAAUACGACUAUCUCGAGAAGCAAAUCAAGAGAUAGCCUAAAGCAGUAGUCUCUACUAUUUCCGUUUGCUUUUCACCCUAAAAAUGGCACAUUCCUUCUCCUCCGUCACACUAAAAACAUUAUACUUAACGCAAAGUGUCUUUAAUUAUAUCUUCACAGCUUCUUUCCUUAUCCCAUACGGAAUUAUGCUGGCACUAGAGGGCAUACCAUUAUAUUACAUGGAACUAUGCAUUGGACAACGAAUGCGGAAAGGCUCCGUCGGAGUCUGGAGCGAAAUUUCACCUUACCUGGGAGGGGUAGGGAUAGCAUCCGUGGUGGUUUGCUUCUUAGUUUCACUGUAUUACAACGUCAUUAUUGCGUGGUGUGUUUUCUACUUUUUCAAGUCCUUUGAACAUCCUUUACCUUGGUCUUCAUGUCCACUCGAGCCAGUAACAGUCGGUAAUAUUACUACAAUGGGGCCUGUGCAUGAAUGCAACGUGUCCGCAUCUGCAACAACGUAUUUCUGGUAUCGAACAACGCUACAGAUAUCAUCAAACAUUGAGGACAGCGGUGGAAUCAACUGGAAGAUUUAUGCAUGCUUAAUUGGAACUUGGGUCCUUAUUUGGCUGUGUAUGAUGAAGGGAACCAGGAUAACAGGAAAGGUAGAAGUACCUAACUUAGAGAGAUACUACAUAACUGAAUGGGCGUUGUGAACACCUUUCCUAGCAGGAGACUCUGUUGCACAAGACCGGAAUUCGUGAAUGUAUUUUCAAUUUUUUUUUUCAUCUAUUCAUUUGGAGAUAGCAUCAUCCUCAACAGAUAUUAGGGAGCUUAAGCAACGACGACGGCGACGGCAACGGCAACGGCAACGGCAACGAGAACGGCAAAAAAGAAGUAGGUUUGGAUUUGCAAAACAACAAACCUGCACGUGCAUCACAUUUCUUUGCCGUCGUUGCACGGCCACGACGUGGAACUUCUAGGACGUGAACGCAAGACAACGAUUUCCUUUUUUUUCUGAACUUCAAUAUAAUCCCAGAAGAGUUCCCCAACAUUAAACAAAUUGUGUGAAAUGGAGCAAGAGUAAUAUAUUUUGAAACAGCGCGAACUUGCUUCCUAAGUGGCAUUUUCACUGCCGUUGCCGUCGUGGUUGCUUACACUCUCGAUUACUGACGAUGGUGGAGGUGACGGAGGGAGUGGACUGAGAAAAUUGUCCGUUUCUCUUUUCGGAAUGAAAAGACUAUGAAUUUUGCUAAAAAUUCUUAAAAAACAUUAGAGCGAAAGGAAAUGAAAAAGGACACAGGUUAUUACUGUUGGUUUCUUGUUGGUUGCUGGUGUAUCUAUAUCUUUUACAUUGAUGAAUCAUAUCUGUGCUUUGAAAACGGAAGCGGGUGUACCGUGACGAAUAACUUAGUAACAGUUAGGAGAUCUUAAGACAUUUUCUUACUUGAUCUGAAGCUAGAGAAUAAUGGAACCGAGAGAGAGAAAGAAUUUCACUAAUCAAAAGUUAUUUUUAGAGAAUGUAAUUAAACGGAAGUCUGUUUCCUGAGACGUGUGCAUAUUUUAAUCAAUUGUUUGAAAUGUCACCAAGUCCUCGCGUGACUGCCUUAAAGCAAACAAAGCAGAAUAUUAUGAUGGGGACUGUUGAAUUCUCUCUUGACAACACUGAAUAAAAGUUUGAGGACCUCUCCGGAAACCAACUUUAGAUUAAUUUCAAGAGUUCACUUGGUCUAAAAAUAGUUCGCUGAAAUUCACUUAUCCCGAGGGCUAGAGUGGGCGUUUCCCUCUCGGUUCCAUCAUUUUCUCUUGUCUGAAGCUAAUAUACCAGCGUCCAUUUUGAUUUAAUAUUUUCACAGAUCGUAUACUUGACUGCCACGCUACCUUUGAUCUUGUUGAUAAUAUUCUUCUUUCGUGGAGUUCAUCUGAAAGGAUAUCAAGAAGGACUGGCUUUACUUUUUAUACCUGAAGUAAGACGUUAUUUAAUAAAAGAGCUCGUUACAAGGUCAAAGUAGACACAACAACAAACAAAUAAUACUACACACACGCUAAAAACACUUCUGUCAGUCGUGAAACUUUCAGUGGUACCGCGCACUAGGCACUAUUAUUCUGCAAAAGAAACCUUGAACUAAUCUACGUACAUGCCAAAUUACUCUCCACAUCAGACUCGUAUACCAAGUGUUUAUCACUGUGGUAUUUGGUGCUCGGACUUUCCUUGAAACGAGUCUGCCUCCACAUCAAGCGAUAAAUGGAUUCGAAGAGAAGUAAAGUUCCAUGCAAAACAUGGAAACAAAAGCAAGACUUUCGUAAGGCGCUAGUUUCAAUUUUAAAUCCCCUGCAAUUAAAUUGAGCAAGCUCUAACUUGUCGAAGUUGUCUUUCCUUAUUUUCAAAGUGAGCGUUGGGAAAACGUAAUGUUUCUUCUUUUUCCGUUAGUUUGACCGUCUCAAGGAUCCACUUGUGUGGCUGGAUGCUGCGGUGCAGAUCUUCUAUUCUCUGGGUGUGGCCUAUGGAUCAUUAAUAGCUUUCUCCAGUUACAAUCCUAUAAAAAAUGAUUCAACAAGAGACGCUAUAACAGUUUGCCUCAUCAAUUGCGCUACUUCGAUAUACGCAAGUGUUGUGGUGUUCGCUUUCAUAGGUUUUCAGGUAUAUUAUAAUUUUGCUUUUCUGCCCCUGGGCCUAACAAUUGUACAUAGUGCGUUUGAGAAAUACCAUAAUAUCUAGCUUUAGCCAAGGCCACAAGUGAAGCUCUCGUGGUAACUUACUUUCUGAAGGAAAGUUUUCUGAGCCUGCGAUCACAUGAAUGCCAUAACUGGUUAACGAAGAACUUUAAAAAACACGUCACCUCAAGCAGAUGUACUCUUGGGUCUGCGAUACAGCCAUGAGACACUGGUCAGCGGAUUCUCUAUUUUGACAGCUGUCAUUGAUCAUAACAUGGAUGCCCAAUACCAAGUUGAACACAAUUUGUUCUUGCCUUGGAUUUAAAACACAUCCGCUACCAUGAAGGGGCGGACGUACGGACAGACAAAUGGACGAUUUUGACAGAACGAAAAAUUCCUGGAUACAUACAUAACUAAAUCGUCUUACACUUGAUUCGCCGCUGCGCGCACUUCGCGCGCGUGAGAGCUUCACUACCACCACUGUUGUCCCUCAUAAUAAAACUAGUAAUAGUCGACACUAUAGCUGCCCCGCUCUGUAUAUUGUCGGUCAAUGGCAUUCUUGGUCGUUGUGUAGCACUUUGAAAUAUGCCCAUUCAUAAUGAAGAUUUUCACACAUAUUCCAUACAAUAGGUGAGAUAAAUACAGGAAACGCAAGGUUCCAUGCACCUUUUCAGUUCGAUUUACACAGUUUUGAUGAAAACAUUCUCAGUUUCGAGAAUAGUUUAUUCUAAACAAUAAGAAAAGAUUUAAUUAGAAAUUCAAUUUUUCGCUAUUUCUCUUUCACUUUUUACAUUCGGUUAUUUUUUUUGCCUGAAAGUAAGCCUUAGAAAUUAAAAGGACGAUUGAUUAAUUCACGCUCGCGCAUUCUAGUCUUAUUUUAAACUUUAUAACGGAAGGACAUCUGCGAGCAGGGAGUAAGUCAGCACGGAAUUUGAUUGUCGGCGAAUUUCUGUAAUUGUCCAUCGUUCUGCUGGUGAUAAGCUAGCAGUUGUUCACUCGUCUUGCUUGUUUGGGGCUGAGUCUUAUUCCGGUUAAAGAGAGAGAGGAGAGUUAAAGUGUCUAGCAAGGUUUCCAAUUAAAGAUUUGUGUCUGGCAAACUCUCCAAGUGUUCAUAUAUACACAGUUAUACGCACCUUAUAACUUCAUCUGCCAUUAACGAGUGUCUUUUGGUCCAUAACUUUCAAAACAACUGCUCCCCAGAAUGUCACUGACAACACGUAACGCAAAAAGAGUAUCGAAGUAUGACUGCACAAUAAAUGUCACAAAAUGUACCUAUUGUGUGUUUUCACAUGACGUCAUGGCGGCCAUAUUUGUGUCCCAAAACAAUGAAACGGGGGCCAUGUUUGUGUCCCAAACUACAGUUCUGUCGGAGUUGAACUCUUUUCUUAUGUAAACGCUUUCUUUUGUUCCAAUAAAUUUGCAUAGAUGCUGACCACGUGAGUGAAAACACAGAAUUGUAAGCGGUCCCUUGGGGAUUUUCUGUCUUUACGUCAUCCUAACCAUUUCGUACUUGCGGGCGCAAACAAUAGAAACGUCAUCAUUACCUACCGAUUCCUCGCGGCCCCUGUUCAAGCAAAUCGAGAUUUUUUUGUGGCCUACUGACUAUAUAUUUCAUCUUUAAGUACUUUCCUUCAUAUACACGCGAGUUACUAGAGUGCCUCCUUGGGAUUUCGCCUUCUGGGUGAAAUCCCUGCGGGGGCAAUUAAGAAAGCAUAAACAUUCGGGUAUGACGAUAGUCGUAAAAUCUAUUAUAUACUUUCCAGCGAAACCUAGGUAUGCUCAAAAUUAUGUUCGGAUGGAGUUAUUAUGCGUAUAAUGUUAUGGGUGACGGAUCCCGUCUAAAUAUUGUGAUUAAAUUCCACCGUUUAAUGUCGAGAGUCAAAUAACGAAAUUUCCAGGGCAACGUUUUCUCUCCUCUAUCUCGAUGGUAAGAUGGCCUUCAGUAUUAAAAGUGUUAUGAAUGAAGAAGCUGACAAAGGAAUCUAGCGAGAAGGCUAAAAUUCGUCCACAUACCGGUUUUAUAUCAAGACUAAUUAUCCGUCUCUAGUAAAAAUUCAGCCAUUAAAAUGGGGGUGUUUUUUGGACAGUUUCCUCAAAAUAUCGUUUCAGCAGGUUAAGUUUUUCUUGACAAUGAAAGAACACUAAAUAAGGCAGACGAAAUAUACUUCAUAUAUUCUGUUGUGCUAACACUUUUUUUCCGUUGUCCAGGCAGAAGACAAAAUGGACCUAUGUUUAGAUGAUCAAAAAGUUCAGGCUUUGCGACUGCUUAAAAGCACUGGAGUCACCAAUUUACCGGAAUCAAUAGACUUUAACGGAAUGGAUGGUGGAUUGCUCCGCGAGAUGCUUUACAAUGCGUCCAAAUUGUUUAAUGAGACGCUCAUUACUUGUGAUAAAAAGAAGUUUUUGAAGGUGAGACAGUUUACCGAUGUAUAUAAAUCUCUUUACUUCAUCUACACUUCAUCUAUGUUCACACUCUAUAUAUCCGAUAGCUUUUGCGCAUGCACGAAAACGAAUACAGGAUAGUAUAGGGCUUCUGUUCACACUUAAGAACGAUGAUAUCGGCGCGAAUCCGGAAGGCACUUUGCGAAACUAUGACGGUGGCGGCGACGGCACCUUUAUUUGAGUGUCAAUGUAUUUAGCACGAAAGUGCUAAUUGGGGACACUAUAUUAACGUCUCCUACUGGAGACGUGACCGCCAUUUUACGUGCUCAUCCGAGCCACGCGAAGGUCCAGCCGCCUGCAGGGCAAAGGAAGUACCUUCAUUUCUCAGUUGUUUUAAGACCAUGAGUGUUGGUCCGGCCCCGGGAAUCGAACCCACGACCUCCCGCUCUGCAGUCAAGCGCUCUACCCACUGAGCUAAUCCUACCGCGGUCAAAAAGCAGUAGGUUCAGUAAGCAAAACAACAAAUCUGCACGUGCACCACGGUUUUUUGAAAUUUUUUUGCCGUCCCUGCACGACUACGACUUGAAAUGACCAAAUUGUAAGCUUUUUUGAGGACGACAACGGCAAGGCGAUAUAUUCUACCCCUCUGUCUGAACUCGGCCCAGCCCCCUCUCUUCAGCUCCAACAAAAGUUUCCUUCUUUUUAAUAACUGGGCGACUUAGGAUAAUCGCGAAAGUGUUGAAAAGGCUGCGGAGUCUAUCUUUCAGCGACCUUUCAAUGGACGUCGCCGUUGUCGGAUCGCAAGGGAACGGAGCGAGGCUGCGCCGCGCCGAUCUCUUAAAGCGAAGAGCCACAUAUCGGAUAGGUGUUCACUGAUACUAUACUGGAUAGCUUUUUGUGUCAGCACGAAACGCCGUACGGCAUAAUAUGAAUAUAGCCUUAGUUGUCAUCCGUAUCCUGGCGAUGCCCUUCAAAAGUAAAUCAGUCAUUGGUAGUUAUCUAUAGAGCGAUUUUCGUAUGACCUUGAAAUGAAAACGCACGAACAAAACAGAAAAACAAACGAACGGAAAUAGAGCGAUUUGAUUGGUUUGUCGAACGGAUACAAACGCCCGUGGCUUUUGGUUGGUUUAGUGAACGCUUUAUGCCCAAAAACUUUCUAGUAAUCUACUAAUACUUCGCUUUGACAUCAUACUGCAAGAGGCCGUUGGCCAAUCGCACAAUGCCUUCUUUAUGUUAGGGUUUUCUUUGGCGGGAAAACGAAGAGGCCAUGUUUUGAUCUUUUCAUCCAUUUGCUGAUAAAACAAAUAACGAACACUUACCGAAACCAUUUUUCAAGGUCAUACGAAGAUUGCUCUAUUCGCUUGUUAAAAACCCUUUUAGAUUAAUAUGCAUUGUCAACCAUAAGGCCAAGUAGUGUCCCUGUUUUACCGUGAUAGCAAUGGUAAAUUUGCGUCGUGGUUGAGCCGUUUGUGCCAUAACCACGCCGAAAGCUGAGAAGCCUUUGCUAGCAGGGCAUUCCUGGGUAUUCCUGGUAUUAUACUACUACAUGGGAAAUUUCUGCAAUUUGAUUGGCUUAGAGCAGUGGUAUUUCAGCUUAAUUUGAAAUACCUACAUGUGAAAAUUACAAAACCUUUGUGGGUAGUAGUAUAAACAAAUAAUAACAUGAUUUGUACGUGAUAUUUGGCGUAAAUACCACUCGUGAUAUUUCAAAAUUGUCUCAAAUUUCACUCGCCUAACGGCUCGUGAAAUUACGAAUAACAAUUUCGAAAUAUCACUCGUGGUAUUUAUGCCAAAUAUCACUACAAAUCAUGCUAUUACCUAUACGAAUCGAACGGUUUUUAGGUAUCAGGUGAUCGAGAGGAACGGGCAGUGUUUACCCUUUGCAAAUCUUUUAGGUUAUCUGGGAGAUAUAAAAUACCGUUCACAACUGAUAAAUAGAAUCAAGAGAAGUCGCUUCAGUGGUGAAUGUAAUCUAGACUGAUAAAACACGGCUAAGUUUUCAACUCCAGUUUUGUCCAAAUAGACCCAGAGAAAACUGCUUUCCACAAUAUACAAUAAACUAAAGUUCGAGUUGUUUUAAGUUUUAACACCCAGUUAGGCCUUGUGUUUUAAAUAUUUCAAAUAUUGCUGGUCGUUUUUAUAAGCUGUACAUAAAUGUAGUUUUGGCAGAUUUCAUUCUUUUUAUGUUCCCUCAUUCAUUGCCGGCGGUAUUAUCAAAUAAAGGAAGGAUUUUUUUUCUGAAAUCCAGACACUCAGAAAGGAGUCUAUAUUCCCCAUGAAACAAUUUUUGAGGAUCUGAUCAUAGUUUCUCAAAACGUCUAUGCAUUCAUAGACGAACUGUUAGGGAAAAUUUUCAGUGUCCAAUUUCCAAUUCUGGUUCCAACGUAUUAGACAAUUGCGUUUUCCGUUUUGGCCUUCCAGGUUCCUGGAGGACAAGGUCUGGCCUUUAUAGUAUUCACCGAAACGAUAAAUAAGCUGCCUUUUGCGUCACUGUGGUCUGUUAUGUUCUUCUUGAUGCUCAUCACCGUGGGUAUUGAUACCGAGUUUGGAAUGCUGGAAGGCGUGGUCACCCCGGUCAUUGAUCAAAAUCUCUUCCCUAAGCUGAAGAAGGAAUACAUUUCCGGUUAGUGUUGACUCUAGCUCCCUGAUAGACUAUUCACAGUCCCCUGUUCUCCGUAAGUUCGUCGUGAUCGAGCGCUUUGCGUUACGAGCGGCCAUCUUAGUUUUAAAUGUUCCUAGUUUAGCCUGAAGAUGAGGGUCAAAUCUACUUAGGGACAGAGGACACUCUUCGCCCACCGGUAUAAGGCGGACUCCCACCCUUUUCUCCCCCUCCACUCGUACACAUGAAGCCAUGAUAGCCGCCAGUUCGUACCGGUUAGCGCUCGAUCCUAACGAUCUUACGAAACCAUAGAGGACUGUGAACAGAGCCCUAAAUUUUCCCUUGGACUUUCCAACAUCAGUUUCGAAUGCACAGUGCUAUCAAUAUCGGCGUUUUAAGACAAGCAAACUCGAAUUACAAGCUAUAGCUAGGAUAUUUAUUUUUAGUCGCUGUAAACUGGUUCCAGUGGUAGAAGAAUCCUCUGGACCGUUCUCUUAGCGCUUUCAAGCUAUUUGUGGAGUGUUGAGUCAUUAACCCUUAAUUAAGCCCAAAGAAUGAUCAACAGCAAAUUUGGUGACAAUAAUUUUAAAAGGAUAUGAUUACACAAGAGCGUAUUUAUUUGAUAUUUCAACAACUUCGAUUUCCCCACCCUAUAAUUCUAUCGGAAAUGUUUAGGAGCAACAAAUUAGAAAUAAAUAAAUAACGAUUUUAAGGUAGCACAUCCACUCAGUGGUUCUUCGUCUACCUAAUUCCUGGUCGAAUUGGAAUUUGGAAAUGUUGGUUUUUGAGGAGAGGGGAAAUCCGGAGUACCCCGAGAAAAACCUCUCAGAGCAAGAAAGAGAGCCAACAACAAACUCAACCCACAUAUGGUGUUGACGCCGGAUUUGCACCCGGGCCACACUGGUGGGAGGCGAGCGCUCUCACUACUGCGCCACCCUUGCUUUCCCCCAAAAAAAUUAAAUUAGGGUUGAAAGGAUAACCCAUUUUUUUUUUGGCUCUUUUAAGGUAUUAUCUGUUUGGUGAUGUGCGUUAUGGGUCUGCCCUUAGUACAGCAGUCAGGGGAAUAUUGGAUGCAAUUAAUAGUAAACUACUGCUCCAGUAUUCCACUGCUUAUCAUCGCCUUGGUGGAAUGCAUCGCUGUUUCGUAUAUUUACGGCAUCGACAGGUGAGAGAUAAACACAAGGCUUCUUACCUUGUUUACUAUUUACAUGUACAACUGAAAAAAAAAACCCGGAGAUUUUGGUUGUUACCGUUCAGUCCAUUUACAUGAGCAAACCAGUCGGUUGACAGUUUGGGUAAAUGGUAAGCAAAAUUCAGGACUGGUAAAUUUCGUCCUGGAAUGGCUUACAUUUGUACAAAUUGGCUCCAUUUACCAAAAAACAGCCGCGAAGGCCGGAAACUGGUAUCAAACAUGGCUUUGAAGAAAUGGAACACUAAUUGCCGUUUGGAAGAUUCCGCCCGGAAAAACAGGACUGCCUUAUCAGAUGAGUUCCGUUGCUCCCGGAAAUUUUCUGCCGGAAUGACCCAAAAAGGCGUGUAUCAUUUACUUUUCGACCAGAUUUUCCGCUGGAAGCUUUUAGUAAAUGGUAAGCAACCUUUGAAAACUGGAAAUUGGAAAUUUCGGUGAAAUGCCCAUCAAUGAAGAAGGUAUUCCAUUUGACAGUGGUUCCAUCCGUUCCUUCCUUGAGUGGUAAAGAUAGGGCUGCGAGAUAGCCUGAAACUAGCGAAACAUUUUCAGAAGUUCCACGUCCUCCAGAAAGAGUUCAGUGGAAGGCACAAAAAAUUGUGUGUUGCAUCUACAUUCCAACCCGCUAGUCCCGUUUUCUGAAUUGGGCAUUCCAGAUGGAAAGUCAUGUUCCAUUUAUCGACAUUCACCCCUCGGGGUAAAUAUGUGCCGUGGGUAUGUGGGUAUGUGCUGCCCCCAAAGGGUAUGGUGUUUGGGCCUUUUUUGCUUGAAAACGGGUAUACACUUUGCCUAUUUUGGUCUGGAAUUGGGUAUGGUUUUCGAGAGAAGUGCGUGAGCGUAUGAACCUACUGUCAUCUUUCAAUUCCAAAUCAAUAAGAACGAAAUAGAAAUAUGCAAAUUGGAAAUGCAUUUAAAGAAUUAUUUUGUUUGCGCCCUAAUUUAAGUAAUGAUGACAUAAUUUCUGCCUAAAGGCCUGGUCUGAAAACGGGUGUGGAGAAUGACAUUUUUUGGUCUGAAACAGGGUCAGGAUUUGGAGGGCCGGGCGGCACACUCCCACCAAGAAUUUCCAGUAGUACCCCCCCCCCCGGGCAUUUACCAUAUCUUUAUCACGAUCUCCAAGCCGUUUUCGCUUUCACCGUCUUAACUUGUCUUUUGAACUAAAUUGUUUGUUCCGAAUGGCAAUUACAUUCGAAAUUUUGGGAGAAAAUAUUGUUAAAUGGCAAACAACCUUAACUAUACCAUAUCAAACUGCAAGUAGCACUCUGGCUUUUUCCUCUCUCUUGCUCUUACACGCCAUCCACCUCACCCUAGAUCGUUAACGCUAUGUAGGUUGCAAAGUUUUCGUGAGAGAGCUGUAAGUUCCGUGUUUCAAUGCUACGAACCUUACGGCAGUUUUGAAAAACCUUUAAUGACAAAUUUCUACUUUUAAACAGAUUUAGCGACGACAUAAAAUACAUGACGAACAAACCGCCUCGUUUUAUUUGGAAGUGGUGUUGGAAAGUCAUUUCUCCGGUCACUAUAUUGGUUGUACUUUCUAUGAGCAUUAAAAGCAUGUCACAAACUACAGCAAAGUACGACGUAUGGGACCCUGUUAAGGUAGGUAAUUCUAAGUCAAUAAACCCCUUGAGGGCCGUUAGAUCACGGUAUAACAGGGAUCUUAAGCAACGACGACAGUGACGGCAACGAGAACGGCAAUAAACCAGUAGGUUUAGAUUAACAAGAUAACAACUUGCAUCACGUGCACGUGCAUCACGCUUUUUUGUAUAUUUCUUUGCCAUCAUUGCUCGACUACAACGUGAAAAUGCCUAAUUUCACGUUUUGUCGAAGACGGGAACGCAAAACAACAAUUUUCUUUUUCUUUUCCUGAAAUUUGAUAUAAUCCUUUAGAAUUCAACUCCAAAGAAAUUUGCCAACAUUUGACGUUGCUGUCGUCGUUGCUUAGGCUCCCUAUUAAUGUUCACGAUGGAAGGAAGGGAGAAGUGACAGAAAGUUACACAUUGUAUUGUGCAUGGGCAAUGUAGCCCGCCGGGAUCAAGAAGGCUGACGGGAAGCUUCCUUCCGUGGCUCAUCUGGGAAAAAUAACUGAAAUAUAAUUGAAUCGAUUUUUUUAGACCGGGCGGAAAAAAUCAUGGAUAGACAUUUUAGUACGAUAAUUGGGUUCGCCAUUCUGUUUUUGACAAUGAAAAUUUGGGGCUUCAGCAGCGACUUUAGUGAGACUUUUACUUAAUUGUCAAUUCUUAUUAUAAGAACUUAAAACUCUUCUUAAUGUUUAUAGUAGACCUGUUAUCUACGAAAUGAACUGGUGGAAAAGGAGUUCAACUAAACUGCUGCUUAUUUAGUCUUGUCCUUUUUUGUGUAGACUUCGUCGUCGUUGCGUUGCUUGAGCUUCCUAAUGUCUACGUGCCACAAAGGUUGGCGAUUGACCAAACAUUUAGUAUUCCUCAAAUGAGACACAGGUAAACCAGGAAUGGUGUCUUGCACUUGGUCGAUCUGUCGCUAAUAAAUUUCUGUCCUUUUUAGGGGAUUACAGUCUCCAUUCCUUAUCCAGCUUGGGGAAAAUUCUUGGCGAUAUUGAUCACUCUCAUGUCGAUAUUUUUUAUUCCUGCGGUGGCGUUUUUACGUUACUUCCGCGUUAUCAGCUUGGGAAAACCGGAACUGCCGGCUGUGGUCUUGGAGGGAGACGAGUACCCUUCGAACGAUUUGAACGCCUCAGAACUCCAGCCUCUUCAUAAUGGCAAGGCCCCAAAGGAAAAGAAAAUGCGAAAACUGAGUUUUGCCAGGAGAAAAUUUAGACUUGAAGAGAAAUUAGCAACAGAGAGUUCGGACACAAAUAAAAACGGUCCACUGAACCGUGUUAUUACUGCCAAUGGACAGGUCUAUCAACUAGUGAAUCAGCACAAUGGAGGUGCGGCAAUGUUUAUUUGACAUAGAUCGAGCAACGUUGGUUCAAUGUAAAUUUAAUUUUUAUGAAGAUCGUCUACAUGAAAAUUGCAUGAUCUCGCGACAACAACCAUACUAACUGGAACGUUAUCUGAUGAAUGUUCAGUGUCUGCUAGUCGAUAUCUCCCACACACCCUGGGCGUUGCCUUUAAGUGUGUGUUGGCAGAUUUUGAUUCCAUUGGAUUAAUGGGUCUGUUUUACCCAUGCAUUGUACUGAUGCGGAUAUUCUGAAGUCUAGAAAAGUGAUAUACCGAAUAUGUUGAAUUUGUCCUCGGUGACUAUUAAAAAGUCGCAGGAUUGCUGAAGUCAGGCUAUUUGCUUGGUAGUGCUACCUGGUGCAACACUAAAGCCCGGUUGAUGAUCAUAUUAUCUUUUUAUAGAAAACAGAUCACAAAUUGAUCGCUCAAGGGAUGAGAAAUCUCCUUUAGAACUUAGAAUGUAUCAUAGUUUCGAAUAUAACGGUUGUUGAUAAUAGACUUACUUAAAGAGUCAGAUCCAUUUAAAAAUGUGGUGACAGGGAAACGCAUAUCUCAAAGUUCUCUCGGAUACAAGGGCACAUAUGCAACGGGGUAAUCAAUUGAGUCAAGAUCAUCCCUCAGGCAACAUUAACCUCCUUGGCGCGAUGGGUAACCCUUGCCAAGUACAGUCGUAGAUGCAGAACAGCCAAUCACAAAUCAUUGAUUUGUCGGAGCAUCCUUCAGUACAGCGUGGCCAUCAGCGCGAGAAUCUGCCCGGAAUAGUUACGUUUGGCAUUGACUUACGCAUAGGAAUUUCCUUGAAAAGAGAAUCUUCACGUCUUAGUGGUAGUCUAAGUUAGACAUCGUUUAUUCAAUAAAAUAAUAAUCGACAAUAAUGUUAUUAAUAUGAAUGAUUCAAAUUAGAAUCCAGAUAAAGAGUUUGACCAAAUUUUCUAUUGUGAAC